ACUUUCAGAAAAAUUGCUAAGCUAAAUUAAUUCUAAACUGAAAGUGUAACAAAUGUUUUAAGUCCACAGGGCCAAAUGUGCUCAUAGUCAUAAUUCUCAAAUACACACAUAUAAUGUUUAGCCUAGUCUAGGGAUUUUGCUUUUGACAGCAUAUUUCAUAUCUUACACAAUUCAAAACAAGGAACUAUUUGCUGUGAGACGACCAUAAAUGUUCACAUGUUAAAUCAAACUACCCUAAGUUCAAAGUUUCACUUUAGAAAAAUUCACUGGAUUCGUGACGGGCAAAUUUUGUUACUGGAAGAUGAGUCCAUCCAAACCCCAGAAAAGUGGUUCUGUGAGAAUCGAACACUCUCUGAACAAAAAGGAGAACGAGUUUGUAUUCAGUAGGAGAAAAGAUAUUCUCCAAAGCCUGAAGAAGCUUCAUAUAUACUGCAGUGAGGGUGAGGUGCCCAACAUUGCCUUACUGGGAUCUGGAGGAGGAGAAAGAGCCAUGGUGGGUUUACUGGGAUCUCUGGAUCAACUGCAGAAAACAGGUCUUCUGGACUGUGUGCUUUAUCUGAGCGGAGUCUCUGGAUCCACCUGGUGCAUGGCCUCCUUAUAUCAGGAGCCAGACUGGUCCACCAAACUAGAGACUGUGAAAGACGAGAUCAUCCAGAGACUCAGCGGUCCUGCAGUCGGCUGGGGAGAUGCUUAUAAUAAACUGGAGAAAUAUUACGAAGAGAAAGACAUAUUCAGCUUGACUGACGUCUGGGCAACGAUGUUCAUUACAACUUAUUUGAAAGAGAUCGAUGAACACACACUCUCAGAUCAGUGGGACCAGCAGAGUAAAGACCCGUUUCCCAUCUACACAGUGAUCGACAAGCAAUGCAAACAGAGCGAAGAUGCAGACCCCAGCUGGUUUGAGUUCACUCCAUAUGAAGCCGGUUAUUCCCUCACUGGAGCGUUUGUGGAAACAUCCAACUUUGGCAGCAAGUUUAAAAAUGGCCGUAAGAUCAAGAACCAGCCUGAGAUUGACAUGCUGUAUCUGCAAGCUCUGUGCGGCAGCGCUUUAGCCGACGGAGAUGAGGAUAUAAAGUUCCUCUGGGAACUAAUAAAAGAUUUCUUUCAUCAUUUGCUGCUUAAAAGAGAAACAGGGAUGUUUGAGGAACCGAGUAAAGAAGACAAAUGUCUCCAGGUGCUCAUGGAUCUCGUGGACAUGAAUCUCUCUGUUCUGAAUGGCAUUGAUCCGUCUGCUCUCGAUGAAUCCAUCAGAAUAAAGCUGAAAGAACUCACUGAAGGCAAACAUCAGCUGGUUAUUCAAACGCAAAAACUGAUUGUCACUGAUAAAGAAGCUGCAAAACAGUAUAUGAAACAAUUCACUGAGGAUGUGUGCCAUGAUUUGAGUCAUUACUGCAAUUUCUUGUCUUUGGGUCUUUGGCUGAGUAUUAUAAAAUGCAUGGCUCAGUGGAUCUGGGGCAGGAAAUAUGACUUUCUUCACAACAUGAAAGAUAAAGCAGUGCCCGCUGCUCUUCAGGAAAGUGAGACGAGAGACUAUGAAGACGGUGGACUGUUGCUGAACUCGCCCUAUUUCUCAGUGCUGAGAGAAGAGAGAAACAUCGACCUCAUCAUUUCACUGGAUUUCAGUGACGAUAAUGAUCCUUUCACGACGGUGAGGGACGCUGCUGAGACGUGCAAGAAACUAAACAUCCCUUUCCCUGAGCUCAACAUUCCCAUUAAAGACAUAAAAAAACCGAAGGACUUCUAUGUGUUCAACGGCCAAAAUGUUCCAACCGUGAUCCACAUCCCUCUCUUUAAUGUGGUCAACUGUGGAGAUGAUUUUGAGGAGUGCAAGAAAAAAUAUGGCACUUUUCAAGGUCCCUACACUGCUGAGAUGAUCCCUGAUCUUAUGGAGAUCGCUGGAAAAAACAUCACAAACAACAAAGAGAAACUGCUGGAGCAGAUUCGUCUGGCCAUGCGGCCCAAAAAUACACAAAAUAAUGAAUAAUAAACAUUGUGAGAUGAGGUGGCAAAGUCCUCACUUUUUGAUUUAAUGUUUUUUUUUUUAAUAUAUAAAUUCGUGUUGCAGUUACAUUAAAUAUCGACACAUUUUUGACACAUGUGGAAUGUGAAUGAAAAUGAAAGGCGGGAUUUAUUGUGUGAACAGAGCAAUAUAGGCCAAUCAGACAAUAUUCACAUCAGCGUCAUCUUUUGAUUUUUCUCUUCAGUGUGUUGUACUGUUACUUAAUGUGUUUUUGGGUUGGGUUAGGAAUCUCUCUCUGCAGAUUCUGCAAGAAAUUUCAUCAGUCAAAAAAA